AUGGAUAAAGAAACUACCUAUAUCAUCUAUAAAGGAAAAGGAACUGUUCUACGCGCUGAAGCUUGCGAGGUAGCAAGUAUUGGAAAAGGUAAAAUGUGUCCUAACCCGACAUGCUCCGGUGUUCUGGAUCUGUUACCAUGCCGGGGUCACAGCGGCUAUCCAGUGACGCACUUCUGGCGUCAUUACCGAGGUGCAAUUUACUUCCAGGCCAAAGGUGUUCACGAUCAUCCAAAACCUGAACUGAAAGCUUCAGCAGAAGCGAGAAGGCACCAGAGGUCUUUAAGAAGUCAACGACUUGGAGAUGACUGCAAUGGAGGUAAAAUGUUUCGUAAGCAAAGGGAGGGAACUGGAUUAUCUCCGAUGAGACAUCUGCUUACACCAGAAAAAGACAACAUGUGUUCGUGUCCGCCAUUCGAGUGUACCUGCUCAAGAUUAUGGGGCUUCCAAGCAAGUCCAAAAGUAGCAAAUUCUCCACCUUUUCCCGCCAAAAAGCUGAAUUUUUAUGGACCAGCCUUUUGUGAAAUCCCUUCAGGAUCGGGAAUGCAGUCACUAUCUAUUGAGAUUGAUACUAACAAACAUUUAAAUCAUACAAAUAAUUAUGGGCUAUUCUCGCAUGAUAUUCAACCCAACCUACCAACACCGUUUGUGCCAAAUGUUUCUCAGAUGUCAAGUUUUCCAAUGGUUUCUAACCAGACGUCAUGCUUUGAUACCCGACAAUCAGACUUUUACCCGGCUCCUGCUACGGGAUUUAGGGAACCAAAUUAUAAUACUAACUACAACAGACGAAGUUGCGAGCGUGUGGAUCAUUCUGGUCAGGCACAACUAUUUUUACCUUCAAAGCGAUACAGAUCAGCAAUGGAAUCAUGUAACGUUUUUGAAAAAUCUGAAAACGACAUUUAUUGUUCCCCGGUAAAGAGGAUAAAAUCCGAGAACUCUGUGACGUUACCGGAUUGUACAGUUGUCCCAAACCAUUCAAUAAAUUCAAGAAAUGAAAACACAGAGGGAUUAUUUGACGACAGCGUUGAUUUACUCAACAGUCCAUUUGAGACUGAAAUUUACUCUUCACUUGUACAGAGGUUUAACGAUGGGACUUUAAAUUCUACUCAGUCACAACCAGGUCUUACAAACAUAGCCCCAACUUCAUCAGUUUCGAAUAAUCUAGCCGAGUUGAAGACAUCACAAUCAGUAGAUUCUAGACCUAGAUCAUGUCAAGAUAUUUUGCCCGGUUCAACUCCUAGAAUUGUUGAAAACGCUUUUCGGAACUGUAACACUGAACCAAUUCAAUCAACAAUGGAAGCGUUUUCCGGAAAUGCCGGGUACUUUCCACUUCACUCUCAGUGUAUGGCACAAGAAACAUCAAAUCAAUCAUGUAGUUAUGAUUAUGACCAAAGACUUUCUCAUCAACAGGCUCAAACUCAAUCACAAUACUGUAAUCAUAGUAUAAAUAUCACUCUUCGGUACAAAUAGUUUUCGAAAUAUUUUUCUUUUCUUUUUCCUUUUUUGUGUGUGUGGGGGAGGCAUGACUAGACAAAAUCAUUUCUUAGAUUUUGAAAAGACUGCCUUUAUAUGCUAUUUUUAAAAAAAACGUAUCGAAAGCAUGACUGUCAAUAUCGUUCAUAGAUAUAUAUAGAUGUCUGAACGAUCGUCUUAUGACUUGUCAAUAUCACUUUAAUGAUAUGAAAUAUAUUUCUAAAUGAAAGUUCUUUGUGUAUAAGAUAUAAACUGAUUUUGUAACGAAAGUUUUAUGAGUACCACUAGUCUAAUUUACUUUAAGAUGUACAUAGAAUGCUAAAUAAAAGUGUGACGAGCAUGACCCGUCAAUAUCAGUCUAAGAUAGAUCUAUAUAAAUUGUUUUAUAAACAACAAUGUCGAUCAAUAUAACCCAAAGAUAUUAUCUGGCUGAUAGACAAUCAUAAAAUUCAAUAUUUUAGAUGUUAUAGAGUAUGAGACAAACAUUUGAACAGAACCACUUUAAGAUCUAGAAAUGCGAAAAGGUGCAUACUUGAACCCUUUCUUUGAUACAAUGUGCAAUCCGGUUGAUAAUUCUUUUAAGAUAUUUUGUCAAUAACGCUCUGUUCAAAUAGAUUUUUAUUAUUUAUAACCGGAAUG